AUGUAUUCUCUUUGCAAUGGCCAUCCAGAUUAUUCCAGACAAUAUCGCCAAAAAUAUUCCCUACAAUUAAACAAGACCAUCAACAUGAAUAUAAUUUUUAUUACAGAUGAAUGUUCAUCUGCCAAACACGCAAUGAAUCAAGAACCUCUAUCUCUUGGCGUCGUCAUUGACAUGAAAUUAUACUUGACGCCAUGCCUCGAACUCUCAAAGUUUUAUUUUUAUCUUCUUCAGUCAUUAUAUUUAUCUGUGCCAAAGAUAACUACUGAAUAUGAGGGUUUACAAACAUUAUAUAUAAAGCACUGCUUGAUUUGA